AUGCCGUGUCCAGUGCACAGAUCUUCCAGCCUGCUAACGUGGUGGAGUUCACUCACAUGGCCAGCCACGUGCUCCCCUGGACACGCCCUCUUCUCCUCCUCCCUCCAUCCCUUCUAUUUCACUCCCAACGCCGUCCACUUUGCAGCCCUCGACAGUCUCACAGACUUUACUAGCAAGCCUGACAUGAACGUGAUGAUGAAGGUGGUUGAUCUGGCCGGAGCUCCCAGUGAGUUCACUCACUACGUCUACUGGAAGAGGCAGAGAAUGAUCAAGGGGUGGGGAAUGGUGAGGGAGGAGAACCCGAAACUGGGGGCGGGGCGAGUGGUGGACCAGAUGGCUCCCUGGGAGUCGUUCCAGGUCCUUGGACCUCACAGCGGGGUCAACAUAUGUGACACCAACUCCAUCAAGAGGUGCUGCAGAUUGGAGGGACAUUCAUUUGCAGAGUUUACGAACUCAUCUCUCGAUUCAGUGCCGGCCUCCUCUACAUCCUCUACCGUGGCUAUUCUGAAACCAAUGACAUCAUGUCCAACGUCACCAGAGAGAUUUCUGAUCUGCAGAGGAUUCACUGGCUGUAAGACCAUUCUCAUCGAGAUGCUAUUGGAAGUGAACAGUCAUAUGACGGAGCUAAACUCCAGCGUCAAUAGCCAACUGGAUGUACUGGAGAUUGUACCAAUGCAGCAACUCCUUGGAGCUCUCCUUGUCUGAUGAAGACAGAACACUCCUUAGAAAAGGUACUCUUGAAAUUUUACAACUCCCAACCACCCCUUCUUUACCUCAGAAUAAUAAAUAGCUUCUUUUUUUUAUUAUACACAUGCAAACCAACUCUCUACAUACAUAAUUAUUGCUCCACAAAUUUUGUAUAAUAAAGUGCAGUUAUGCAACAUUUGAAAUUCUUCAGUCUAUAGUCUAUACAUAAUAGGUUUUAUACACUCUCAAUAAAAAAAAAUGGGUGGAAAUUCAAAAUACACUCUACAACCACAGUAAGAUCUUCUCUGCCUGUUAUAACGUGGAUCACGGUAUGUCAGGUCCCAGGGACAACUGUUUGGAGAGGGGUUCCUUUUUCUCUCCAGGCAGGUCCCCUUCUGAAGAUGUGGGACGGUUCACGUUGAGAUCACUGGAAGCUCCGUUACAGUUUGUAGUCAGUCGGCGCUCUUCGUAGGUGUAGUUCUCGUGGUUUUGUUCAACGGUUUUCUCUGUGAUCCUGUGAUGGUCUUCAAACAACAGACUUGUCCACUGACGAAGAGGGACAACCCCCGUACGUAGUGGCGUUACUUUCAGCGAAUGGGAAGAAGGCGCUCGCUUUUUAUGCGCGUCGCGUGUCGGCAGCGCUCCCGUUUCGCCCUGCGGUGAGUACUUUGUCAUGGCGGCCACGUACUGCGAGACGGUGUCGUGGAAGUACAUUGAGCGCUUCUUCCUGUUGUGUCUCUCUCUCUGCUGCACAUCGUCGUUCACACGUGUGAUGACGCUCCUCCACCGUCUCUUGUCGCCCCUCCUCCCACCACCUGGUCCGCCAAUCCCCCAGUCCUCCACAUCUGCCACGUCCUCCUCCAGGUUCGCCAACUCCUCUCUCUGCACCUUCAGCACCUCUCGAGUGGCCUGGACCCGGCUCAGAAGCUUCUGCUGCCGCUCAUGCAAAUCCUGUCUGUGUUUCUCCAUUUCUAACAUCGCAGUGCUCAUCCCGACCGCCACGUGGACCUUCCUUGCAAACCGCUUUGGCUUCCAGACGGUGUGUGCCUGCCCCUCGUCCAGGUAGAGGGCCCGGCGAUGGUCCCUCUUUGCCUUUAUGCUCUUUCUCUUGCUCUCGGAGCGUAGCUGCGUCCCCGACGAAGUCACUUCUCCGUUCCCAGUCAGGUGCUGGGGGAGCUCGUACACAUUGGCAACAGCAUGUCUCAGUGGUUGCGUAUCGUGAGUUGGCUCUUCUUCUGGUUUUGUAUCCACGCAAUGGCCAUUUUCAGUUGCCUCUUCAUCAUCUGAGUUUUCAUCGUCGCUGUCCAGCGAGCGGUAAAAUUCGGGGAAAUCUGUCUGAUCUGAAUUCUGUAGCGUUUGUCCCAACACGAUUUUGAUAUUGGAGAGGACUUUGCUGUCGCUGAAUCUGAGCCAGUUGCUUGCCACCGCCGCCAGGAGACAGAACACGGUCAUGCUCACCAGCAUCACAAUAUUUGCAUAAGGGUUUAUGUCUGCGAAGUCAAAAGAGUCCAAAAUGUAUUUCCCUGAAGUGGUGUAGCACUCUAGUUCUGAGCCACCAUCUCUCUCACAGUCACUCUCAAAGUCAGAGAGCAGUAUGACUGCUGAGGCUGAAAACCCAUAGUAGUUGGGGUUGAUGAAAGUCAGCCAGCGGUAACACGAGGGAAUGUGACUGAUAGGGAUAAAGAAACCACUAGUGAAGCCAGCCACGGCCGAGAGGACCGGAGAGAGACGAAAGGACUUGCGAGGGAAGGUCACGAUGAGCCAGAUGAGCAGGGCGGUCCAGACCUGGUUGAGGGCAAUGUUCACCAGAGCCACUUGCAGAAAUUCCAUCAGGUCCCACUGGAGGACGUCAAUCAACAGCAUGUAGAGAAUGCCGGCACAGACAAUGACGGGGAAGAAGGCCAUGGACGUGAAGCGCACGAAGCUCUGGAUGAUGAGGUCCGCUGCACGACCUGCUCCAUCUGCUCUCUCAAAAGAGUAGAUGG